CUGCAUUCCACGUGUUCCUCUUUGCUCCAUCUUCUCAACGGUGUCGUUUGCUUCAUUUUGAUGAAGAAGAAAACUCUUCUUCUGUUAUCUUUUUCCAGAUUUUUGCACAGCCUUCGCCUCUCUGAGAAAUAACAAGAUCCGACCUUUGCAUCCUUCAACUGCAACUCCCUAGGUGAGUGGUUCUAUGGAUGCUUUGGAUUUAAUUCAUUCCGAUAAUCAGUAAUUGAAAUUUCUUUUUUUGGUUCAGUGGAUCAUUGUUCCGUGAUUUCUACUCUCUUCGUCGGCUGAUUUUCCACCUGGAUCUGCUGGAGCUCUCUCUCGGAAUAAGCCACGAUCAGAACCCUGAGCGACCAGUCCCUUUCUCUCUUCAACGUUGGUGAGCCAGAUCUGCCGGUUCGGUGUGAUUCUGUUCUCUCUUUUUGGCUCUUUUGUUUUUAGGAAAUGUAAAUAUUGAAUCCUUUCGCUUUCCCCUUCCACUUGCAGAUUUGCAGCCAUGACGACUGAUCGAUGGUCCGUAUACCUGCCAGUGGUGAUCAGAACUCCAUUCCAUCUUUUUUCUUCCCCUUUCUAACCCCCUGUUAUCUAUCCCAGUUUUCACUUUUCUCAUCUGUAUUUUAUUCACACCUGUGGAGGGUCUUCGUGGAUUUUGGUGUACACAAUUAGAGAAGGAAGCAGCAGGUUAUGGAUCUUAGUACGCGAUUCCCUGCAUCAAUUCCUAACAGAACCAUUGUUAGGAGCUUCGUUCGGCGCCGCAAUCUGUUUCGCUUCUACCCCGAAUUCUCUGCAGAAUUCUGGAAUUGGAUUGUCUAACUCUGGAGUUCCUCUCUUCUGGCUGGCUUAGGGUUUGACGUCAGGAGCUUGAUUAGGUGGACAGGGGAGGAAUCUUCUGAUGAUGUUGUCGAAUCAGUUGCAGAAUGGAAUGGAGACCGCUAAUCUGUUGUGGUCUCGGAUACCUAACUCGGAGGGCGGGGAGCUCGAUGGAGGGACGCUAUUGAGCACCAGCGAUGGCGGAAAUGUUGAAAGUCUUGAUUAUGAAGUAAUUGAGAACUACGAGUAUCGAGAAGAGCAGGCACAAAGAGGGAAGCUUUACGUUGGAUUUAUUGUAGUGGUGAAGUGGUUCUUUGCUUUGCUUAUUGGAAUUGGCCCAAUUUAAUUCCACCCCAAUCCCCAUGAUGCUGCUACGACCAAACAAUUUGCAACGGAGGAUAAACCAGAAAGCCCAGCCCAAUUCCUCACCCAGUGGCGGACCCAGAAAUUUUUCAUAGGAGUGUACUCUUUUAAAAAAUAAAUUAAAUAAUUAAUAAAAAUAAAAUCGUAAAUAUGAAAAUACCUUACUCGUACAGGUUAAAUAAGUCCAUGAUGUGUUUUCAUAUUCGAAAAUAAUUGUAGAAUACACUUGGUGUUAUAGUGUUAAAAAAAUUCUCCAUAUACCCUACUAGACAAUCAUUCAGGAACUUAUCGCAUAUUCGAUUUGUAAACUUGUUCUUGAUGUAUCCCAAAGCUGAAAGACUCUUCAACACUUGCCGUACAAUCAUAAAAUCAAUACAAAUUAAGGGUAGAUUGAAAUAAUUAAAGAUAGGGAAUGAU